AUGGGUAGAAGCCUUGCCAAGGACGUUCGAGGCAUGUUGAGCUUGUAUGAAGCUUCACAUCUUGCAUACGAAGGAGACGAAACAUUACAAGAAGCCAAAUCAUUCACCAGUUUACACCUCAAGAGUUUGAAGGAGUUGGUUGAUUCAAACAUGUCUGAAGAAAUAAAGCAUGCCUUGGAACUUCCAUAUCACCACAGAAUGCGAAGGCUAGAAGCUAGGUGGAAUAUUGAAACAUAUGCCAAAAGAAAUGGAAAAAAUCAAAUUCUGCUUGAAUUGGCCAAGUGGUGGCUUGAUUUCAACAUGGUUCAGUCUGUGCUGCAAGGAGAUCUCCAAGACGUGUUGAGGUGGUGGAAAGCUGUAGGCUUGGCAGAUAAAUUGAGCUUUGCCAGAGACAGGCUGAUGGAAAGUUUCUUUUGGACAGUUGGAAUGGCGUUUGAACCUCAAUAUAGUAAAUGUCGAAGAGGCCUAACCAAAGCACUUGCACUCAUCACUGUCCUUGAUGAUAUUUAUGAUGUUUACGGUUCUCUACAUGAACUCGAGCAACUCACAGAAGCUGUUGUGAGAUGGGAUCUUGAUGCUGUAAAAGAUCUUCCUGACUACUUGAAGUUAUUCUUCCUUGCUGUUUACAACACUGUCAAUGAGUUGGCUUACGACACUCUUCGGGAACAAGGAGAGGUGGUCAUCCCUCACCUCACCAAAGCAUGGGCAGAUCUAUGCAAAUCAUUCUUACAGGAAGCUAAAUGGAAUCAUGAAAAAGUCACUCCAACCUUCGACGAAUACAUCCAAAACGCAUGGAUUUCAUCUUCUGGAGCUGUUCUGUUAGUUCACUCGUACUUCUUAGUCACUGAGAAGAUCUCAAAGGAAGCCAUACAUUGCUUGGAUAAUCAUCAUGGCAUCUUGCAAUUUUGCGCCUUUACAAUGAUUUUAGUACCUUAUCGGUACGCAACUAAGGCAUUUACUCGAAUGAGUUCUAUAGCAUUUCCAUUUAUUCUAUUGGAUCAAGCUGAGAUAGAGAGAGGUGAAGUUACAAAUGCACUCACGUGUUACAUGCAUGAAACUGGCCAGUCUGAGGAACUUGCUGGAGAGCACAUAAGCCAAAUGAUUGAGGAAUGCUGGAUGAAGAUGAACAAAGAAUUGAUAUCUCCAUCACCUUUUGAAGAAAACUUCACUGAAAUUGCUGUUGACCUUGCUCGGAUUGCUCUCUGCCAGUACCAGUAUGGAGAUGCUCAUAGUUCUCCAGGCGUUAUAGCGAGAAACCGCAUCUUUUCAGUGGUCCUAGAACCCAUCCAGUUGUUGGAGACAGCACAAAAUACUACCACGGAACGGAAAAGUUUACUUGCCUCGUCCUAA